AUGUCGCUGAUCAUCGAGGACAUGUUGAUAUUAACGCCGUCGGCAGUGCGACGAGAAGAAGCCGUGCUGUACACUCUGCGAAACAAGUCUGAGGACGUGCACAUAUGCGCCAGACCAGCACGAACGAGCUUCAAGAUCAAGCGAAGCACGUCCGCCCGUGUCGGGGUCUUCGCUGCCAUCGCCAGUGCCAUCGCCGCCCCGUCACCGGUGCCUAGUAAUGCCUCCCAAAGUCAAGGUGGGAACGACAUUGUCCUCUCCAACGUGACUGACUCGGACCUCUACUUCCAUUUCCUCAACCAUACGUGCCGGGCCGCGCCCAGCUGGCAAAAGGACCGCAUCGUCUUGCAGGUCGGCAUAGCCAAGCUGGCUCUCGAGAGUGAGCUCGUCUCGCACUCGGUUCUGGCACUAUCUGCUACGUGUCUGUGCUGCGACACCAUCUCCGCUGGUCGAAGCGCCGAUCCCGAGACGGUGCGGCACAUUCUCGACAUGGGCUUGGAGCAUCACACGCUGGCCCUCGAGCAGAUGCGGACCAUGACGUCUCGACCGCGAGAGUCAGACACGCAACCCCUGAUCGCCAGCUCUCUGAUGCUGGUCCCCUUUGCCCUGGCCUUUCAGCACAUUCAGCACUGGGUGCUCCGGGCAAAGGGCGUACGCACCACGGACCUCUUGACCCCGCGCGACAUGAUUCUCUUACUUCGGGGGAUCCGGACGACCAUUGUCGCGCUGAAUUCCAACCCCGUCGAACCGGGUACUUCAAAGUCCAAGUCACCAUGGGAGACGAUGUUUUCGGCGGCAGCCCAGUCAGCGGGGGACUCCGCGACAGACUCGCCGGUUAUACCUGAGCGGUCGCACACCAUGUUUCCCGUUGUGGGGGCGACAUUCCACCAGGCAUCAUCGCAGCUGCGAUGCCGGAUCGAGUGUGCGCUGGCCGGGUCGCAGGUCGACGAGAAUAUGGCCGCGGUCUAUGGGGCGUACGAGAUUCUGAGCGACAUCAUGACCAGCACGUUUACGGAGUGUCCGGAGACUGAGAUUCCCUUUGAAUAUGCUUCUUGUGUGAGUUUUUCUCCCACCUAUUCUAGCCACCUCUUGCAUGGAAAAGACGCGCUCAUCACUAACGUUCAGUGGCAAAAGUUCUCCGUCUCGCCCGACAGCCUCCUCGCCCAGGCGCCCGGCUGGCUCCACAACUUCAUUCUCCAGCGACCAAAUCCGACGCACGCAGAGCCGCUGGCACGAUCAUUCCUGGCCUUUUUCUCCAGCGCGCCACAGACGUACGUCGACCUGCUCUUGCCCCUUCUUGAUCCUCACGCGGACAUGAACGCCGUCGCCGGGGACGAGUAUGGAGACGAGGAUAGAGAACUCACGACUGCCGAAAUCUUGGCACUGGAUGUCUAUGCGCACUGGCUGGUGCUGAUGCUUCUGUUGGAGAAGGAGACGUGGUGGGUGGGCGAAUUCCCGUUCGUGUCGCUGCAGGGAUUGAUUGCGCGGUACGGAACGGCGUUUUUGGGGGGUGCUCAGCAGCAGCAGCAACAGCAGCAGCAAUGGUGGUGGCCGGCAGGGAUGCUGGAAGUCGCUGCGCGGGUGAGACAGUGGAAGUAA